AUGGGCCCCGCUGGCUCACCUUAUGCUGGGGGGAUUUUCUUUCUAGACAUUACGUUUCCUCAGGACUAUCCUUUUAAGCCUCCAAAGAUGAUCCACUUGUCGGAAGUAUUGCACAUCAGUAUUUGCACGAUCGUGAGGAGCAUGAUAGAAUUGCUCGAGAAUGGACAAAGAGAUAUGCCUGCUGACCAAAAUGUGCUUGAAGAUGUGUGA